ACUGAAAUGAUUUGUGAGUGAGUAAUUGUCACAAUGAGUUUCUUGCAACUUCUUAUUAAAGCUCAACCCUCAAAGGCGGUGGAUAUAAAAAGAAAAGUCAUUUCCUUGACCUGCAUGAAUAAAGUGAUUUUGAUUUGAUUACCCUAAAGGAUUGAGCUUUUGGUUACUGUUAGUAAAAAUAUAAUAUUAAUUACAAGUUUAUGCAGAAUUGUCAAAUUAUAAGUAGAGGUAUUUGGUGAGUAUUGCAUGAUAUGUAGAUAAGGAUUCUUUUAUUGUUGUUUGCUUGAGUUUUCGUAACAGGUUUCGUCAUGCUCGCUUAAAUGUCACUGCUUGCUGCGGCUGGCUUGUGGAUGGUUGAGGGAGGCGAUGGCUGGCUCAUGCGUCAUGCUCGUGAACGGGCGCUGCUUGUGGUGGUACCCGACAGAGAUGGCAACAUUAGCGACGUGGUUCUUGGCUUUGAUGAUCUGGAUUCGUACGUGAACAGAAACGUGAAGAACUUCGGUGGAGUUAUCGGUAGAUGUACCAACAGGAUAGCUGAGGGGACCUUCCAGAUUGACGGAGUAACCCACCGCCUGACCAAGAACAGAGAUGGGCACCACGUACAUGGCGGCAAUUUGGCUUUUGAUAAGGUCAACUGGAGUUCAUCGGUUGAUGGUAAUAAAGUAAUAUUCAGCAGGCUAUCAAAAGACGGUGAGGAGGGAUAUCCUGGAGAACUCCUGACUAACAUCAUUUAUGAAGUCCGUGACGAUAAUACAUGGUGCAUAGAGUAUUUAGCCAGUACCACUGCUAAAACUAUAGUAAAUUUGACCAACCAUUCGUAUUUCAAUCUUGCCGGACAUGAAACAGGCGCUGAAGAGUUGUAUAACCACAUUGUGGCUAUGAAUUGUGAUAAAAUACUUGAGGUAAGAUCGGACUGGAUUCCUACUGGGAGACUACUGCCAGUAGCCGGAAGUGCCUUCGACCUUCGAACGCCCAGACGACUUGGGGACAUUAUUGAGGAUUCUGAUAUUCUUUUCCAUCAUAAUUUCUGUGUUUCCAGAAGUGGUAACAACGGUUUGAAUUUCAUUUCGCGGGUAACACAUCCGGCAACAGGCCGCUAUCUAGACGUAUACAGCGACCAGCCGAGUCUGCUGUUCUACAACGCAAACUUCUUCCCUAAAAGAGACGAGCCAGGGUUACCGGGAAAGGAUGGAGCCAUGUAUCGCCGCCACGCAGGGAUGUGCCUGGAGGCACAGAAUUACGUAGAUGCUGUGCACCAUCCCAUGUUUCCUACUGUGAUAUUGAAGCCUGGAGAUAUUUACAAGCAAAAAACGGAGUAUAGAUUUGGUGUUUUAAACGGUUUUGGUAUUAUAUCCCCUGCGUAGCAAGACAAGCUCUGACAAGAAAGGUAGUUAAUUAGGUGCUGCGAUACAGAACGGCGACCAUUUUGUGUUCAAAAAAUGAAUUAUCGCAUCUAAGGGAUAAGAAGAGUUCCAUUUAUUGUUGUGCAAUUCGUCAGUGAUGAAUUUUGUUUAAGCAACUGAAAUGUAAUUAUUUAGCAAAAUAAUAAAAAAUAAAUCACGUAAGUUACAUAAUUUUGUUAAUUUAAAGGGGUACUUAGGGUUAAAUACUACACUCAAUCCUUUUUGGAUUGCAUGCUUGGAUAUGCUGUUAUUUGGUCAGUUUUUCACUGAACCCUUUGUCAUUGCGUGGUAUUGUAUUCAAAGCGCGGUCAAAACUUAACUGAACCAAAACUCUGCCUAAUAGACGCGUAGGAAGAGAUUUGACUGUAGUCGAUUUCUCAAUGUAUAAAAUGUAAGCUACCGCUGUCUAAGAAAUAGCAUACUGCGACGAAAUACUUAAACAAAAAGGGAGUCUAGUACUUAUUUCCCCCCCUACCCGACUAACUUUACUUUUUUUAUAUAGAACAAUAAAACUACAAUACCUAUAUA